AUGGAUUUCGACCUUGAGGUGAACGAGAAUGGACUGGAUUCCUUCGAGCUAGUGUUUCCUCUGGCAUAUCGCAUCGCUUUUAUGGUUGUUUUUGCCGUUUGGUCGUGGGCUCUUAUAAUACACUACCUGCAUAGUCGACAUAUAUGCGUUUUGACCCUUCUUAAUUAUAACCCAUCCGGUGAUAAACCACUCCACAUUCUGAUAUACCGCCUUGCGGGCUUUCUUUCUUUGACAUUCAUCGUAUCCCUCGGCCUCUACUGGGUCAUUACCCACAAGGACCCACAACUCACUUCUUAUUUCAAUUGGCUCGCUCUAAUCAACCUUCUCAUUCUGGGCGUGCUACUUCUCGCACCUCCUCACAAUUUCGCGGCCUCAUCUGGAGGUCGGGACCGAUUCCUAGCCACGCUUCGAAGAAUCAGCUUGGGUGGCUUGGCACAACCUCACCAUGGAAAGUUUGCAGACACCUUGUUAGCAGACGCGUUCAUUUCACUAGAGGUUAUUUAUGCCGACCUGGUGCUUUAUAUGGUCCUUCUCUUCACACGGACUAGCGAAUCGCCCGACGACCCUAAGUACCAGGCCAUCAGACAUGUCGUCAAGCCCAUCGCCAUGUCCAUUCCUGUCCUCAUCAGGUUCCGCCAGUGCUUGACCGAAUUCAGUCGUGCUGGAAGCACACAGCUCUCGGAAGGAGUGUGGGGCGGGUGGCAUCUUCUUAAUGCUGGCAAAUACAUCAGCUCCAUUCCAUUCAUCAUCUUCGACAUACUGCGCAGGGAGGCUGAAGAUACUCCAGCAGGAAUACCCGAAGACAUUUUCUACCUGUGGCUAGUGAGUCACACUAUCAACACCGUCUACAGCUUCUGGUGGGAUAUCUCACGAGACUGGGAUCUGAAGCUGCUGGUUUCCGGCGGCUCUAAAGGCUACUCAUUUGGCCUGCGAAAGGACUUGCUACUGUUUGGUCCUGCUGGCUAUUACCUGGCCAUAUUUUUGGAUCUCGCACUGCGGAGCACAUGGAUCCUGAAAGUUAGUCCAGACAUAGAUCGAAUCUUGGACAGAUCCACUUGGGUCUUCAUUUUGACGUUCCUCGAGUUGGUGAGACGAGCUGUCUGGGCGCUGUUCCGUAUGGAGACAGAAUGGAUCAGGAUCCAGAACACAGAACUCAAGGACCCAGGAUCUAAUUCCAAAACCCUGAAGGACGAGGAAGCUGGUCUUUCUGAAACGGCUGUCAGAUCACCAAGAUACUCUGUAAUGUCUAUACCAGUGUCUGUACAAUCAAGCACAAACGCGCCUCCCGCCUAUAAGCCGCGGCUGGACCCUAUCAGCCUCCGGCGGGCCUCGAUCUGA